UAUUUCCUUUUCAAAAUCUGUGUUUCCAAUUUCCAAAUCAAAAAAACCCUCGUUCCCGCUUCCGUCAAAGAGAAACAAUCACACCAAUACUUGGCGCGGCAAAAGCUCCGCCACCUUUCCCAAUGGAACACUCACACACAAUAACGCUAUCAAACCUUCUUCUUCACUUCCCUCGUCCUCUAACCGCCUCCACUUCUCUCCCUUUUCUAUCCACACCCCCUCCCCGACCACCUCAUCACUCCACCGACCACCGCAUACUCACCACCCUCAACCGCCCAACCGUCAUCGUCGGUACCCUAACCCUCCCCACCCACACAACUCCCUCCUCCUCCUCCUCCCAUUUCCCUUGCUCUUGCUUCAAAUUCUCCGACGGUUCCGCCACAUUAUGCUGCGAUAUCCUCUCCUUCCGCCUUGCCGCUGUCGGCAAACAAAUCCGCGUCACCGCCUGGAAUUUCAUCCCGUUCAAACAUCCCGGAAAUCCUGGAAGCAAAACCGGCUUAUUGGAGAUUAUUAAAUGGUGUUUUUCAAAUCCCAACGACGAAUCAAACUUUGCUGAUUUACUUCCUGUUAAGCCGAAUUUUCCGGUAACUAGUUGCAGUAAUGGUGGUAAGUAUUUCAGGGCUGUUCAUGGAUUAGUUAAGUCAGUUGGUCCUAUUUCAAUUGUCCCGUGCGCAACACCUGCAAAUAGCAGCUACGAUUUGAAUUCGAGUUCUAAGGUGAAUUUGUUAGGGUUUUUAGUAGAAUUAUUGUGUUGUGAGUGUAGGUUAUGUGGUUCUAGGGAUUUAGUAAACAAUUUAAAGAAUGGUUCUUUUCAAAUUGAGAAUAUGAAUGGUCAUUCUUUUACUAAAAUGGAGAUUUUGUAUUUUUGUGGUAAUGCAUCUUCAUUUCACCCUGUAAUGACAAAGUUGAUUGGUAAUCGUGUUGUGGUUUUGGGUUUGAAGAAGAAGUUAGUUUGUAUAACCAAAGAGGAGUCUUGUUUGAUGUUUUUGACUUUGGACGAGAUGGUUUUGCGUGUUUGUCCACGUUUAGAGAAAUUGGUGCCGAGCUUGAAGAGUGAAAUUAAGGGGAAGGGCGAGUGUGGUUGUUAUACUGGUCUAAUUAGGGCUGUUCACAUGAAAGGGAUGGCUUUGGAGUUGGAUAAUGAUGUGUGGCUUCUUUUAACUGAUCAACUACAUACUAUGAUACAUGGUUUAAGAGUUGGCUCAAUUAUAUCUGUGAGAAAUGUCCAUUUUGUGGAUCCAAAGUUUUCGUGGACUAAAGUUGUUAUUCUUGGGGCAUGCGUCAAAACUAGCAUUAUCGUGGAAUCCUUCUCCCCACUUGAAACUGUGUGUAAUGUAGUUUUGCAGUCUACAAGUAUGCUAGGAAAGUUCAUUCAGUCAUUACCAUUUUCAGCAAGACUCUGGGUAUUACUUCUUGUCUCAAGCUUACGCAAAAAGUUUGCUGAUAGUGAUAUCUUAUCUGACAAGGAUAUCUUGGGAUCAAAACAUCAAGAAGGGCUAGCUCAGAUGCAUGCCAGUUCACUGUUACCUCCUUCAGUGUUUCUAACUCAGCAUGGAGCUUUCAUGGGGCUGUGUAGACAUGACUUUAAUGGCUGCGGUAGACAAAUGCAUUGCGGUUUUCUGAAAUUGGUAGUACCAAUGUCUAUCUUCAUCCAUCACUGCAUAAACACAUUACAAAGAGCGCUAAAGUCAGAAAGUCCCUGUAAAUUUUUGUCUAUUGGCAAUCAUUUAAGUAUUUUACCACGUCCAGCCAAAUAUAAUGGUAGAUCAGGUAGAAGGAUCAUUUCAAGUGAAGAUGUAGGCGUUGGUUUGCUUGGAUAUCUAAAGAUUGAUCCAUUGACUAGAAGACUGCAGCUGGUUGAUGCGACUGGUGGAAUUGAUGUUCUUAUACCAGACCUUCCCUUGACUUGGAAUUCCAAUGACAUAUUUGAGGUGACAAACUACGACAUUAUUAUGGAUGGUGUUGACAAACUUGUGGAUCAGUUGGGAUGUAGUGAAUCAUUAUCGUGCAAAAUGAUCUUUAAUUGUAUUCAAGUGAGAAGAGAAUUUAGCACAUCGGUUUCUGUUUAUUGUCUUUGGAAGAAUGUUAAAUGCAGAAAUUUUCCCAUUUACCCUUGUAUCAAUAGUAAGAAUGAAACUAAGAUACUUGAAUCUGGAUCCUACCAUUUGCUUAGGGUAUCUCACAAAUUUCCUCCGCAAGAAAAGCAAUCUAAUAAUGUUCGAUCCAUCAAGUCAAGUACUUUUGUUGAAGCUAUACUUUUGCCUUGCAUUUUAUUGCUUGACGGGAAGCCUGGAAUAUCACAUCCAUGCAAUGUUUAUGGGGACAAGACAAUAGAACUUUCAAAAUAUUGUUUCAUUGGUAAUAAUGAAGAGCAAGUUUUCAUUAAGAGGCAGAAACUCAUUGAGAAAUCAGUAAAUACAUCAAAGGACGAGUUUCACACUUCUGUCUAUCAGCUGAAUGCUUGCUCUAAUACUUUUAGGGAGAACACAAAUUGUGAUGAUUUGAGUUCUCUUGAUAUAUCUUGUAUGGUUACUUUUAGAGACCUUAAAAAGGAGAAUGUGGUUUGCCCAGCUCUGUUGCGCUCUACAUCACUUAUUAAAGAUAUGUGUUUUAAUUCAAAACCUACUACUCCUAGGAAAAUUUUGCUUGAAUUCUCAUCUGAUAGAUUUUUAAAGUAUCAGUUGUUGCAAAUUGGAGGUUAUUAUGUCAUAAAACAUAAUGCAAAAGAUUGCUUCAGUACCUCAAAUGACGCUGGAUUUGGUAGCAGUGGUAGUGCUAAAUUUGUUAUUGACUAUGGAAAACAUAUCUGGAGCCUUGCACUUAUUUGUGAUGACGUUCAUUUCAAUAAUAAAUCAGUAUAUGCAUCUGUAGAAGGUUCUUCACCUCAUGCCACUGAUGGGGUUAUGCCCAAAGUUCAAAUUGAACAGCAACUGCUGAGUACCAAUGACGAUUCUUCGGGUUUCUGUUCGGAUGUUUGUCUUUAUCUACCUGUCAACCUUACAGGUCUCCUGGAAGAUAAUAUUAUGGAAUCAGAAGUUGGUCAAAUCCAGAAAUUUGCAACAUCAGAACAGAACGCAAACAUUUGUUUCAACAUUGGGACUGCACCGGCUUGGCCUAAUUUUUUUUCUGGGCCUCAGAGUUCAAACUGCUUGUUUCCCGAGGGAAAACUAAUUUCUCUCAAGGGAAAUGUAGUUGAUAUUCAUGACCUCACCUCUAGUUUGUGCAAUUCAUGCUCAAGCGAGUCAAGCCUUGAUGUUCUUCAAAUGAAAGGCCUUGUUGGGACAAGAGGAAGUUUCUGCAUUCAUGUUUCAGUGGAUAAUAAUAUUGUGAAUAUCUAUGGUUCUAUAAGUAAAGAUGCUUUUCCUACUGGUUUUGGACCUGGUUCAACUGCAACAUUUCAUCGAAUACUUGAUGCAAGGGCUCAAAAUUUCAUGUUGCUGCCUGUGUCAUUUAUUGAAAUAAAUUCGAUAGAAGUAUUUGAUAAACAAUGCAGUGACAGAUUGUCGUCCACUUUAAGGCCUCUAAAAGAUGUAUAUAGUGCACGUCAGGAUUCUUUCUCCUGUUUGAUUUCCCAAUUGCCUCAGUGCCCAAGUCAAAAGCAAAUAGUGCUUCGAUGCAGGGUUGUUGCUGUUACCGUUUUAGUUCUAGAGAUGAAGGCCAGAAAUUUAUAUGCAGAAACAAAAGUUAAUUCUAAGGGGAUUCUUUUGGAUAUUCCACUUGCUUGUUUUGUGUUGGAUGAUGGGUCAUCAUUAUGCUGUUGCUGGGUUAAUGCUGAGAGGGCAGCAACCUUGUUGAGACUGCAAGAAGAAGCCACCACAUCUUAUCAGCUUGGCAGAAUAUUGAAGAAGUACAAGAGAGUUACUGUAAAAAACCGUGGAUCAUUUAUUGAUUUUCCUUACCAAGAUCUUGUUGUUUCUGUUGCUUCCGGUGAUGCUCUUAACAGUUCUGACGAAAACAUCAUCAAGUACAUAAUCUUCAAUGCAUGUGUUGGAAGAACAUGGAAUGUAGUUGGUAGUGUGAUGGAUUCAGAGGAAGUUACACAGUUGAAGAAUGAAUACCUUACACAUAUGGUGAAUAUGCAACCCAUGCAGAACAUAUGGGCUAAAGAAGUCACUUGCUCACUUGCUCGGGCGGAUGCGAGAAACAUGAUUCAGGAACUUCUGAAAAGUUAGUGCUUAUGAUCAAAUUGUGAGGUACUAUAUCAGAUUUUACAUGCAUUACUUGUGAAUAAAUUCCAUAGCAAUUUAUAUCUGGAAAAAUUAGCAAAAGUAGUAUCCUAUAAAUGAGGCGCCGUGUUGUAUAUGAAAUUCUGAUUAUAUUGUUUCCAAUAUUUUAUGAAUUCGGGUGCGAGUAUAACUAACAUUUCUAAUUAAGAUGUACAAAUCACAAUGAAUACAUGGGCUAUUAGUUAUUUUUUUGUGAAGUAUAUUUUGUCCUUAUAACAUUAUUGAAUUUUGACUUUGGUCUCUAAA